ACCACCUCGGUGUCUUGCUAGGCAACAAAGCUGAAACAUUGGUGCUCUUCAGACGCUUUCGGUGAUUAUUAGCCACUGUGUUUUAAACGAAUUUUUUAUCGUCUAGUUAGUUACUACCCCUUUCGUUUAAAUAUUCCGUUGUUAGUCAUCUAGCUAGCUGGUUAAGUUAGGACGAGUAUUAGAUUAGUUGCUAAUGCUAACUAGCUAGCAAGUUAGCAUCCCCGACCAUGAGCUCACUAAGCUACUCCACCCAUGAGGAGGUCUGCUGGACGGAGAAAGAAGCUCUCGUCAAAGAGGAGGAGGAAGAGAAAGAUGUUACAAUACAAAAACAAAUAGAGGGUGAGACUGGUACUGUGAAAGAAGAAGAGAAAGACGUUUCAGUGAAAGAAGAGGAAGACUCGUUCAGAGUGAAAGAGGAGGAGGAUGUUACAGUAAAAGAAGAGAAGGAAGAGAGAGAGGAGGAUGCAGUUUUUGGAGUGAAAGAGGAGGAGGAUGUGACAGUAAAAGAAGAGGAGGAAGAGAGAGAGGAGGAUGCAGUUUUUGGAGUGAAAGAGGAGGAGGAUGUGACAGUAAAAGAGGAGGAUGUAACUGAAGAGAUGGAGAAUGCCGUUUUUGGAAUGAAGAAGGAUGAGGGGGAGGUGACUGUGAAGGAAGAGGAGGAAGACUAUGCCCUUUUUGAAAAGAAGGAGGUGGAGGUGACUGCUACUGUGAAGGAAGAGGAAGAAGCUUUCAGUGUAAAAGAGGAGGAGGAUGUUACUCCGAAGGAGGAGAAAGAGGAGAAUCCCGUUUUUGGAAUGAAGGAGGAGGGGGAGAUUACUGUCUCAUUGGAGGAGGAGGAGGAGGAGGAAGAAGAAGAGACAACAGGAGAUCUGAAUAACGACGGAGAGAGACCAGUCUGUCACUCUGACAGCAGUAAGAGUCCUUCAGAGGAACCAGACCCAGAGACUCCCAAACCAGUGAGACGACUCAACUGCUCCCAGUGUAAUAAGAGUUUCAAGUUGUCAUGGAACCUGAAAGAGCAUGAGAGGGCACACACAGGAGACAAGCCUUUCCACUGCUCCCAGUGUGGAAAGAGGUUUCCACGAUCACAGAACCUAAAAAUACAUCAGAGGACACACACAGGAGAAAAGCCUUUUCUCUGCUCCCAGUGUGGAAAGUGUUUUACCCAGUUAUGGAGCCUGAACAAACAUAAUCGAAUACACACAGGAGAAAAGCCUUACCAUUGUUCCCAUUGCGGAAAGAAAUUUAGGUUGUUAGAUAAGCUGAAGGAGCAUGAGAGGACACACACAGGAGAGAAACCUUACCAUUGCUCCCUGUGUGAAAAGAGUUUUACCCAAUUAGCUUACCGAAAAGAGCACGAAAGGAAACACACUGAAGAAAAGACUUACCAAUGCUCCCAGUGUGAAAAGAGAUUUUCACGAUCACAGGAACUAAAUUCACAUGAGAGGACACACACAGGGGAGAAGCUUCAUCACUGCUCUCAUUGUGAAAAGUGUUUUACACAGUUAGGGAGCCUGAACAAACAUAAUAGAAUACACACAGGAGAAAAGCCUUACUCCUGUGCCCAUUGUGGAAAGAGAUUUUCUAGAUCACAGGACCAAAAAGCACACGAGAGGACACACACAGGGGAGAAACCUUACCAUUGCUCCCUAUGCGGAAAGGAUUUUACCCAUUUAGGGAGCCUGAACAAACAUAAGAAGAGAAUACACUCUGGAGUGAAGCCUUACUCAUGUUCCCAUUGCCUAAUGAAUUUCAGGUUGUUAAAUAACCUUAAGGAGCAUGAGAGGACACACACAUCUUACCAUGGUCGCAGUGGAAAAGAUUUGACCAAUUUAGGGAAACUAUAAGAUCAUGAGAGGACACAUGGGAGAAAUCACCCAGUUGUUCCCAGUGUGGAAAGAGUUUUACCUAGUUAGGGAGCCUGAAAAGGAACAUACACACACAGGGGAGGAAAAGCUCACAGUUUGGAAAGAGUUUUAAUUAGGGAACCUAAUUGUGGAAAGACAUUUUCCCAGAGGACCUGAAAUCACAUGAUAGAAUAGACAGGCUGUGUUCUGACUGAUGUUUGACUGUUGUUUUAUGCCACAUUAAAUCAUAUUGUUUAUAUGAAAUCUUAAUCAACAAGCCUGUUUUAGUUUUUUCCUCUAGAUACAUGAUUAUGUCUAAAAUCAGAUUACAAUUUUAAAAAUGUUUUUGUUAUUGUUUUUUUAUUCUACACUUUGAUAGAUUGGACCCUUAGAUGUUAAUGACAUGAUUUAGAUAUUUUAAAAUGUAAAUUAUUAGUUGCACAUUGUGUGUAUUUCUUGAUUCUAACCUUAAAACCUCAAGAAACGUAGUUGUUUUGGUUUCAUUUAGUUAACUUGUGUUCUAGUCUCCAAGCUAAAGAUGUAUGAAACUGUGGUGAUAUUCUGAGAACGUAGUUGUUUUGGUUUCAAUUAGUUAAUUUGUGUUCUAGUCUCCAAGCUAAAGAUGUAUGAAACUGUGGUGAUAUUCUGAGAACGUAGUUGUUUUGGUUUCAUUUAGUUAACUUGUGUUCUAGUCUCCAAGCUAAAGAUGUAUGAAACUGUAGUGAUUUUCUGAUGACGUAGUUGUUUUGGUUUCAUUUAGUUAACUUGUGUUCUAGUCUCCAAGCUAAAGAUGUGAUGAUGUUGUAAACAUGAAGAACACUCACUUCCUCAUGAAUGUUCCCGUCAGUAUUAUUCCACCCUGUUAGAGAGAACACAGGUGCUGAUUGUUAAACACAUUUGAUCAAUGCAACAUUUUUAUCUGAAAUAAAAUUAAAUAGAUAUUUUUUUUACUGUGUUAGCCACUAGUGGAGAUUGAUUUAUGUACAUCUAUGUACUUACAGAAAUGAGCUCUUCUGAGUAUUGAAAUUUUAAUUUUGUAAUACAGUUAUGUUUAUCCCCGUUUCGUAACGUUUUUCAACAGAAUCAUUGGGAUAAACACACCUCUGAUCAACCGCACACACAGUUCACUUUCAUAGCAGCCACAUACAAGCAACACGACCCCUUUUCUCAUGGUAUAAUUCUUACUCCCAUCUACGCGCUCUCCACUUCUCACCUUUUCCCUUCAUUUGUGGACUUCAGUGCACAUCAGCUCUAUGUGAUCAGGAGAAAAAAACCUUUCCAAGCCAAACCACAUCAUAACCGCUACACACAGCCUAUAUCAUUGUCACCAUAAUAGCUAAAGUAACGUUGUAGUCAACAAAGCUAAUAAGACUAACACGUUAGUAAACCUGCUACAAUCAUGCAGUAGCUUUAUAGGGCAAUAAAUGAGUAAAACCAAAAGCUUACCUUGACUUGGAAGAGUUCCAGUGUUGGAUAGCCAGCUAGCUAACUUAGCAUCCCUCUCUGUUGGAUAGCCAGCUAGUUAACUUAGCAUCCCUCUCUGUUGGAUAGCCAGCUAGCUAACUUAGCAUCCCUCUCUGUUGGAUAGCCAGCUAGCUAACUUAGCAUCCCUCUCUGUUUGAGCCGGGUGUCUGAGUAGGCUAAACUAGUAGGCUAAACUAGCUAGCUGCAUUCGCUAUUAAGUGAAAGUAAAAAACAUACUAUGAAAUAUAGCUAGUUUUCGCUUCUCCUUAAUUUUUGAAUAAAUUAUUUGUUAAACAUU